GUCCACCCAACGGCACAAGCAAUUUUAAACUCUCUAUUUUCACACGAGACAUAAAAUCCCUAUGAACAAUCAUGGACGUGGAGUAUUUUGAUUAUGAUAACUACACCGCAGACAUCGAUAGCAACUUCACCACUGAAGGAACCCUAAAUUUAUAUAGCGCCUCGUCUUCUUCAACUUAUGCUCUGGUGGCAGUCAACAUCAUCAUAUGUGUUUUGGGACUUGCAGGAAAUUCCCUGGUGAUUUGGAUUUGUGGAUGGAAAAUGAAAACCACAGUCAUCACUAUCUGGUACAUCAGCCUGGCCAUUUCAAACUUUUUGUUCUGUGCCUUGCUGCCUUUCGAAGUUGUGUACAUGAUAACUUCACACUGGCCCUUUGGAGAAGGCUUGUGCAAGCUCGCCUCAUCCGCCCUGUUUCUCAACAUGCACAGCAGUGUGUUCCUGUUGGUUCUCAUCAGCACUGACCGCUGUAUCAUGGUCUUAUUUCCUGUGUGGUCGCACAACCACCGCAAAGUAGGAAAAGCCCUUGGAGCCGUCAUCCUCAUGUGGGUUCUUUCUGCAUUCUUAACAGUGCCCUCACUUAUGUACAGGAAAACCACGGUCCACGGCUCGGUCAUUCAGUGCCACACGGAUUAUGGGGUCAGACAUAAAGCGGUGGUACUGACCCGUUUCAUUUGUGGGUUCCUGAUUCCUAUCCUAAUGAUUGUCUUCUGUUGCUCUGUGCUUGCCAUAAAGCUCAGAAGUCUGACCCACAAGUCAACAAAGCCGUACAAAAUCAUGGCUGCGCUCAUUUUGUCUUUCUUCGCCUGCUGGGUCCCCUACCACACCUUUGUCCUGCUGGAGAUAGACUUUAAGAACCACAACCUGGAGGUCAUUAAAACUGGACUAAAAGUUGGGGCCACCUUGGCUGCAGCAAACAGCUUCCUAUCUCCAGUUCUCUAUGUGUUCAUCGGCAAUGACUUUAAGAAAACCCUAAGGCGGUCUUUAUCAUCAAGGAUUGAGGAUGCUCUGGCAGAGGAUAUUCGUACAGCUCUGCGAUAGAUGGGCGACCUGGCCUGGGUGUACCUGCGUCUCUCGCUCCCUGGCAGCUUGGAAAGGCUUCAGGCCCAUCGUGACCCUGAAAUGGAUAAGGAGGAGAAAAUGGGUGGAUGGUUGAACUGUGAGGAGCAAAGUGAUGCAUGUAAAUAUUAAUAUGAGUGCCAAAAUCUGUGGACUCACUAAUGAAUGUAAUAAAAUACUGAAAAAAAGGAUACACACUCAGUCUCCCUUAAAGGGAACCUGACAAAUAGUAGUAUUUUAUUGUCACUUUCUUCUGUUAAAGUUCUUACAUUUCAAACCUACACCCGACCUACACCCUUUUUCACACCUUGGCUCAUGUGAUUAGGUGGAGGGUCAUUAGGGGGUCCA